UCUAGAUGAUAUUUGGAAAAUUGAGGAUUGGAACAUUUUGCAUGAAGUCUUUCCAAAAAAAAAGUAAGAUAUUACUUACCUCUCGUAAUAGGGAUGUGGCUUUGCAUGUGGAUCCUAGAGGUUUUCAUCUUGAACUGCGGUGCCUAAAUCCUGAAAGCAGUUGGAAAUUGUUUGAAAAGCUGGCAAUAUCUUGGAGAUCAGACUCUAUGACCAAAACUAUUAUGGAGAAGUUAGGAAAAGAAAUGAUUCAAUAUUGUGGGGGUUUACCAUUAGCCAUCACUAUACUGGGAAGUCUUUUAGCAACAAAGCAAACACAGGAUGAAUGGGAGGAGGUGCAUAAACAUAUCAAACCAUACCUUUACGAAGAGCAAAACUUACUAAUCAACAAGGUAUUAGCUUUAAGUUAUAAUGAUUUACCUUCCCACUUGAAACCAUGCUUUCUUUAUUUAGGCAAUUUUCCAAAGGAUCUUGAGAUUUCGACAAAAAUAUUGAUUCGAAUGUGGAUGGGAGAAGGUUUUAUAUCAAAAAUUCAACACAGUGGAGGGAGAGAGGAUACAAUGGAUGAUGUGGGACAUCGAUAUUUAAGGGAGCUAGUGCAGAGAAGCAUGGUUUUGGUGGGUAAAAAGACCUCCCUUGGAAGGAUUAAAACUUGUCAAAUGCAUGAUCUUAUGCGAGACUUCUGCAUAUCAAAAGUUGAAGAGGAAAAUUUUCUCCAUUUUACCGAUACUCUUUCCAUGAAACAACGUAAAGAACAAAUCGGUAAAGUUCGAAGACUUGCUAUAGUUUCGGAAUCAGGUGACAAUUCCAUCAAGGGAAUUAAAUUCAAUAAAUAUCCUUACCUAAGGUCUCUUCUCUACUUUCAACCUCAGCAUGAUGAAUCUUAUUUUAAAGAGUCCUGUUUCAAGAAAUUCAAGUUGGUUAGAGUCUUACAUCUAGAAUAUUUUAAAAACCACCAAAGAAAAUUACCUAAAGACAUUGGAUUUCUCAUCCACUUGAGAUAUUUAUCUCUCAAAGAUAGCAAUGUAACUAAGGUUCCAUCAUCUGUUGGCAAUUUGAGGUGCUUGGAGACACUGGAUUUGCGGAUCAACUUCUCCCCAUCACAUUGUUGCAUUUUACUGGACUACAUUUACCCACAUACUAAUUUAUUGGACUCCCUCUCCAAACCGAGAGUGCCAAAUGUGUUUAAGUAUAUGAAACAAUUGAAGCAUCUUUAUUUACCCAGGGAUUAUAGUGUAUGUGGUAUGUUGGAACUGGGUAAUCUUUGCUAUUUGCAAACAUUGGUGAAUGUUCAGCCCAAAACCAUCAAAAUUCCCACAUGGUUCAAACUCAAUUGUCUACGGGUUCUUAAAGUAAGGACUAAUAAAGAAGCCCAAGAUGCAAUACAAAUGCUAAUAUCAAGAUCAAGGUGUCCGUAUAUAGAAAAGCUAAAUCUAUAUUACCCUGUAAAGAAGCUUCCAAAAGCUCACCAAUUUUCUCCAAAUCUUGCCAAGUUGACCUUAUCGGAGACUAACCUUGAGGAAGAUCCAAUGGCAACAUUAGAGAAGUUGCCAAACUUAAAAAUCCUCCGCCUUUUCUCUAGCGCCUUUGAAGGGAAGAAUAUGGUUUGUUCUAAAAGUGGAUUUUCUCAACUUCAAUCUAUUGUGCUUUCUUCUUUAUUGAAUCUUGAGGAGUGGAGGGUGGAGGAAGGAGCCAUGCCUAGUCUCAGUCAUUUGGAAAUUAAAGAUUGCAACCUAAAGAAGUGGAGGGUAGAGAAAGGAGCCGUGCCCACAAUCAAUCAUUUAGAAAUUACAGUUUACAAUCUAGAGGAGUGGAAGGUAGAGGAAGGAGCCAUGCCUAGUCUCAGUCAUUUGAAAAUUAAAAAUUGUAUCCUAAAGGAGUGGAUGGUGGAGAAAGGAGCCAUGACAUGUCUUAGUAAUUUGGAAAUUAAAGAUUGUAGCCUAAAGGAGUGGAGGGUGGAGAAAGGAGCCAUGAACAGUCUCAGUAAUUUGGUAAUUAAAGGUUGCAUCCUAGAGGGUGGGAAGGUGGAGGAAGGAGCCAUGACCAAUCUCAAUAAUUUGGAAAUUCAUGAUUGCACCCUAAAGGAGUGGAGGGUGGAGAAAGGAGCCAUGACCAUGACCGAUCUCAGUAAAUUGGUAAUUAGAAAUUGCACCCUGGAGGGGUGGAAGGUGGAGGAAGGAGCCAUGACCAAUCUCAAUAAUUUGGUAAUUCAUGAUUGCACCCUAAAGGAGUGGAGGGUGGAGAAAGGAGCCAUGACCAUGACCGAUCUCAGUAAAUUGGUAAUUAGAAAUUGCACCCUGGAGGGGUGGAAGGUGGAGGAAGGAGCCAUGACCAAUCUCAAUAAUUUGGUAAUUCAUGAUUGCACCCUAAAGGAGUGGAGGGUGGAGAAAGGAGCCAUGACCAUGACCGAUCUCAGUAAAUUGGUAAUUAGAAAUUGCACCCUGGAGGGGUGGAAGGUGGAGGAAGGAGCCAUGACCAAUCUCAAUAAUUUGGAAAUUAAUGAUUGCACCCUAAAGGAGUGGAGGGUGGAGAAAGGAGCCAUGACCAUGACCGAUCUCAGUAAAUUGGUAAUUAGAAAUUGCACCCUGGAGGGGUGGAAGGUGGAGGAAGGAGCCAUGACCAAUCUCAAUAAUUUGGAAAUUAAUGAUUGCACCCUAAAGGAGUGGAGGGUGGAGAAAGGAGCCGUGACCAAUCUCAGUAAUUUCCUAAUUAACAAUUGUACCAUGACUGACUGCGAGGUAGGAGCCAUGCCCAGUUCCGAUCAUUGUGAAAUUAUAGGUUGCAGUGGAUUGAUGACGAUUUCUAAUUGAUUGAGGUCAUAAGUCACAACCCUCAUUGCUUGACAAAGGAGGACGGAAAUGAUGAUCUUUGGCUAACAAGGUGAAAUCAUGCAUGGUCUACAACUGGUACGAGUUGAUGUAUGUUAUACAACUUGAAGAUUUUGAUUGCACAGAUUCAUUAAACAUAUUCUUUGAUGCCAGUGUGUAGUGACGUAAAGAAUUGUUUGUUUGGUGAUGGUACUUUGUAUUGAUGUAAACAAUUGGUGAAAUCAUCCAUGGUCAGCAAUCGGUACGGGUUGGUGUCAGUUAUACAAUUUAAAGGAUAUGAUUGCACAGACUCAUUAAACAUAUUCUCUAAUGCCUAUGUGUAGUGAUGUAAGGAAUUGUUUGUUUGGUGAUAGUACUCUAUAUUGUGAUAUUUUGUUGGGUGGUUGUUUGCAUUAGUGUGUUUUUUUUAGUGUUGCUUUCUUGUUUUGCUUUGUUGGCUUUGCUAUUAUUGCACUCUUUGUAUUUUGUUGAAUAAAAGAAAACCAAUGUAUUAUUGGAUGAGAAAAUAAUUCUUUAUUUAAUCUGGGAUUUCUCAUA